AACCAGCUCUAAGCACCGCGGGUCACGGCACAGGGAGCAAAUUCAACGCCUUGUCGGCUGGAAGCCUCCCCCAUUGCUCGGGCACAGAGCGGGCUGCGGGAAAAGGUUAUCCAGCUUUUCUACAGCAGCUGCAAUGGGUUCUGUGCUUUCCCUCUCUGCUAAUGACGCCGCCUCCAGGCAGAGGACGAAGGCUGAGGAUGACGAUGAUGACUUACUCGAUAGCCGAGACCGUGUAGAAGACAUUGCCAAGUUUCCAUAUGUUGAAUUCACAGGUCAGGACAGCAUCACCUGUCCCACUUGCCAAGGCACUGGCUGCAUUCCCACAGAGCAGGUAAAUGAGUUGGUGGCUCUGAUACCCUACAGCGACCAACGGCUUCGUCCACAGAGAACGAAACUGUACGUCCUGCUGUCGGUGCUGCUCUGCCUGCUGGUGUCGGGGCUGGUGGUUUUCUUCCUCUUCCCCCACUCCGUCCUGGUGGACGAUGACGGUAUUAAAGUGGUUCGGGUUUGGUUCGACAGGAAGAACUCCGUUGUCAUUCUUGCCAUCACGGCCACCCUACGGAUCAAGAACUCCAACUUCUACUCCGUGACAGUGACCAGCCUGACCAGUCAGGUGCAGUACAUGAACACUGUGGUGGGGACCCAGCAGAUCACCAACGUCUCCAGCAUCCAGCCGCUGAGUGACAAACUGGUGAAUUUCACUGUGAAGGCGGAGCUGGGUGGGCCUUUCUCCUACAUGUAUUUGUUUUGCACGUUUCCCAAGGUGAAGGUCCAUAACAUCGUCAUCUUCAUGAGGACAUCGGUGAAGCUCUCGUACAUCGGCCACAUGACGCAGAGCACUUUGGAGACGUACCACUACGUGGAUUGCAGUUCCAACUCCACGGCUGCCCAGGACCCGCUGCCUCUGCUGUCCCCCAAAGCCCAGAGCGAGUCCUGAGGGCGCAGCCGACCCUUUCGGUUGCGCAGAUGGAUUCCUAGAAGGGACCGGGAACUUUCCAAUGGAAGCGGAGGGAGCACGAGUGACUUUGGUGGGAGAUAUUUGGAAGCUUCUGGGUCCCUUUCGCGCUCUUCCAUGUGCAGCUGGGCUGUGCUGCUGUCCACAAAACCUGCUGGGGGUGUUGUUCAUGGGCGAGCACCCCGGUCCCCUCCCAAGUCGGAGUCCUGCUGCAUCCCCCUUCCUCUUCACUUCCAAAGAACGAGUUUUUUGGUAGGGAAACCGGACUCUCGAGCUUUGAGGUCAGAAGAUCCCAAAGAUUUAAAGUUGCCUUUUGCAGCUGUUUUGAAGCUUAGCACCGUGUCGGGUCCUUUCAGGGUAAACUAAUUAGUUCCGUGCAAUUAAUUGAUUCCACUUUUUUUGCUCAGUGGCGGCGCGUCACUGGCUUGUUUCAAAGCAGGGCUUGAUUAAAAAGGGAUAAUUCUUUUAAGAGACGCACAGAUAAGGCUUCCACCUCUGAAACCUGCGCUAGAAGGAGGCAAAGGGAAUCGAAACCUUCGAAACACGCUUCCUCUGCUGAGCAGAUUCUGUUUGUUGGCAGCUGAGGCCACCUACAGCAAACGAUACCACAACGCCGCAGCCUUCACGAAGACGGCGCUGCUGGGGACACGCGAAGGCUCUGUGCAAACUGGACCUUCCUCUUCCUCCGCGUGCGGCUCCCAACCUUCCUCUCUUCCAGCUGCGGGGGUCUCUGGGGUGUGAAACCGGGGACCUCGUAGCUCGGUGUUGCUUUGUACUUGCGCCCGCUGCAAACGCGUGGAUUUAAACAGGUUUUUUGUGGGAGUUUGGUGUUUCGAAGGCUUCCCUCCCAGGAGCCGCCCGUUCCCGACGGACGGUAUCAGCUGCGUUCUUUAAAGCAAAUAAAUGUGAAAGCUCAGCCAGCCCACCCGCCGCAGUUCUCGCUGCGCACUUGUGCUUUUUGCAGCUUGGAGGAUUUCAUUUGUAGGUUUUUUUUCUUUUUUUCUGGAACUUGAUCGCUCCAGCUGCCCUCCUUUCCUCCCUGCCCUGGCUGCCUGGCGUGUGAGAGUGUGUGUGUGUGGAAACAAA